UGCGCAUACGUGUACAGUUUGUGUACUUGCAUACUUCAAUUUGAUAGUUGAUAUACGAACGUUUUCGACACAUAGUGAAAAAAAGUCUCAAAAUGUCAAUUAUUCCAUUGUGGCCAAAUUUACAACCCAGAGCAACGGAUCCUCUGUGGUUUAAUGCCGAUAGACCUUGCGAUGACGAGAGUGAGGUAGCUGCACUUGAAGCUGAACAUCAGGCUUGGAGAGAACAUGUUCGUGUCCAACGUUAUGAUCAUAUCCCAAUUGGAAAAACAGUCAGUGAUUUCAGAGGAUCAGAAGAAGAGGAGGAAGAAGAGGAAGAAGAAGAAGGUGAAGGAGAAGAAGAAGAAGAGUCAGACACCCAUGAAGAAGAGGAAGAAGAAUUAGACGAAAUUGACAUGGAAGUGAGUUACUCGCAUCAGCAACAGACAUCGAGUCCAACAGACACAGUGACAGAUCCAGUAUCUAUCAGAAUGGUCAGCACACAUACUGGUCGUUACACCUAAUUAAAAUAUUGUAGUCCUUAUUGAACUCUAACCUCUAUCCAGCUUUCCCAGGGAAGAAGUAUUGUACAAUCUGAUUAAUUUUUAUGAGUUAGUAACGAUAUAUAGAUACCUUUAUUUACUUACUGCUAGAAAAUUGAGGCUACGUGAAAAUAAAUAAAGAAUCGUAAAAUCUUU